ACACAUUUCAGUGAACUAUUUUUGUGAUAUAAGAGAAGAAAGUUUCCAAACGAGCCACCAUGUUGGUUCGAGUUUGAAAGCUGGGAGCAGCAGCGCAAGAGGGAAAGCGUUUGUCCAAUCAGGUGUCUUGAGUCUAGUGGCAGCCAAUCAAGCGUCCAAUGCUGGGAAGCGAGGCGAUCCCUCGCGCUAAAAAACGCCCCUGUGGACAUGUACCACAACACAUACAAGAAUGAUCCCAGUCUCUUCCACACAGUGAGACAUACACCUUAUUAAUUAAACGCUCAUAUCGGAUCGGUACUCGGUAUUGGCCGAUACCUAAAGCCCAGGUAUCGCUAUCGGAUCGGUGCAUCUCUAGUUUGAACUCAUGCAGAUCAUGUUUUAUGUUGUGUAUUUCUUUAAUUCUAAACAGAUCUUUAUUCACAUGCCACGACGUCCCCCUUAAAUGUCAGUAUUUGUCAGCAACCAAGCACUAUGUACAGUAUGUAAAGUAUUGUUCUGAACUUCAGUGUACAUUGAAAGUUCAGAAGAAGGACACUCACUUUCAGAGUCUAUUUAGGGACAUUGGCUUCAGUUACUGGCUUUUGUCUGAUAAACUCUAUAAUCAUAGUUUUCAACUAACCGUACAGUCACAUGAAGUAUUGUUAUCACUAUAGUUAGUGGACUUGUCUAUGCAGUACUCCUUUUGGCUUACUCGUUAAAGUCCAAAUUGAAUGGUGUUUUUCUGACCUUUCUGAUUUCUGUAAAUGAUUCCAAACACUAACUUUGUUUGCAAUGAUUAAAUUGCCGUCAUAAAUCAUUCACUUAAUUUGUUUGAAAAGGCAAGGAAGUUUGAAAUAGCCUUUAGCACACAAUUGUUUGAAGUUGCCUCUAAAGUGGAUGCAUACAGAGAUAGUUCAUGGUUUGGUUGUAGCUCUUUUGUACCUUGCUUUUAAUGUCAUUUCUCCCUGAGUUGGUGUUUUUUGGGGGGGGGGCUUUAACAGCAACAGUGUCACUGUGUUGUAGAUGAGAGAGAGAAAUAAACAACCUCUCCAUGGAAAUGUGACCUAUAGUGAGACUUCAGGUUCAAAAUGUGGACAAACCUCUGUACCGUGGGACAUAUCACUGCUUCCAGUCGAUCGCACGCCAGGAGUCGAUGCUCGGUCUGUACAAAGGCAUCGGCUCUCCAAUGAUGGGCCUGACCUUCAUCAACGCCAUAGUUUUUGGUGUCCAGGGCAACGCCAUGCGUAAGCUUGGCAGAGACACGCCUCUCAACCAGUUCCUGGCUGGCGCCUCUGCUGGAGCCAUCCAGUGUGUCAUUUGCUGCCCGAUGGAGCUGGCGAAGACGCGCAUGCAGCUGCAAGGGACGGGAGAGAAGAAGUCGAAGAGAAAGCUGUACAAGAACUCUCUGGACUGUCUGGUGAGAAUCUACAACAAGGAGGGAAUCCGAGGUAUCAACCGCGGCAUGGUGACCACCCUGCUGCGCGAGACACCUGGUUUCGGCGUGUACUUUCUCGCCUACGACAUAUGGACCCGUUACCUUGGCUGCGAGCCAGAGGAUCCUUACAUGAUCCCAAAGCUGUUGUUUGCCGGCGGCAUGUCCGGCAUCGCUUCCUGGAUCUCCACCUAUCCCGUGGACGUGAUCAAGUCGCGUCUUCAGGCGGACGGGGUCGGCGGCGUCAACAAGUACAGUGGCAUCAUGGACUGUGUCAGACAGAGCUUGAAGAAAGAGGGGUGGAGGGUGUUCACACGCGGGCUCACGUCCACUUUGCUCCGCGCUUUUCCAGUGAACGCCACCACGUUUGCCACUGUGACUCUAUUUUUGUUGUACAUGCGCGAGGGAGAAGAGUGUAGCAUUCAGGACUCGGAGCCGCAGUCCGUCCAGCUGCAGCCUCUGCAGCCACAGACGCAGCCAACCAGCAUGUGAGCAUCACUACAGUCAUCAGCAAAUCGAUAUAGUAUAGAUGAAAUUUGCAGCUUAACGCAGGUCUAUGAUCUGUUGACUGGUGUCCGUAACGAGAAAGGUGAACUGAUCCUAGGCCAGCUGACCACAUGUAUUAUUUAAAUAAUAUAUAUUUUAAGAUAAAGGCUGCACUUGUAAAUAUGGUAUGGUUAAAAGCCCUUGGUUUUUGUACACAUUUUUUUGAGUAAUUUAGGAAACUUAACUGUUACAAGAGUUACUGUAACGCACAGUGACAGUUACAGAUGUUCCUGAAAUUUGGAGUAAAAGAAACACUUUGUCUUUAAUGCUGUGUUCAGGUCAUAAUGGAGUAUAUUAAAAACCGGUCUCCACUACUAGACAUGCCUA